CUCGUUGAAGAGUCACCCAGUGGAAGAAUUUCUUCGUGGCAUGGAAGCAAAGUUGAAAGAAAAUGGCUGGUAGGGGUUUUUUUGCAAAGCUGUAGCAAUUUAUUUCGUUCUUUUUUCCCCUUUGUAAUCGACGUUCAACAUCGCUUUGAAUUUUCUUACCCCGCACGCUUGAUUUUUCUAUGCUCAUUUCGGUGAUAAAUUUUCAGAAGUUGCGGUUUUUCGCGUCAUCCACCUCAAUCUAGAAGGUGUUCGUUUCGUUUUGAAAACUGUUCCAGUUUGUUUCGAUGAAACGAUCGUUUUUAAUUGCAGGUUUCUCUCCUCCGAAGGAAUUGCAGAGUGCGAAAGGGUUUGCAACAAAGACAAGCCAUCGUUGCAGGAGAUGUCGAGGGCAGCCCUAAAUGUGAGUAUUACACAAAACGCGACUUUUGACAUUUUACAAUCAAGGUUUCUUCUCGCGGUAUAUUUCUACCCCGUCGCCGAUAAAUAGCUCCACAUUUUCGAUCCUUGUACUGUACAAUUUAGCCAUUAAACGGCGUGAAACUAACUUUACUUGUCGGUGAAGCUGUUUUCCACUGCUCAUUAAAUAUGAACAUUUUAAAGUUUAAUGCCUCUGUGAAUCAGCUUAUGACGGGAUAUCCGAUUGACUAUUGUUUUGGUUUCGUUUAAUUGAUUUUUUGAUGGAGUUUGCCUCCAUCUCCCGCCGAUCGUAUAUCAUAACUUCAUCAUGCUUUUAAGCACGCUUAAAGUAAUGACAGAAUAAAACGCUUGUAAAGCUCAGGUAUUUUUUCUUUCAAUUAUCUAUUAAUCGUUCCAUAACCUACCAUAAUGAGAGCGGAUUUUAAUUGAGUGCUGUAAAACCGCAACAAACUGAUUUCCAUGGCCAGUUGAGUAGCACUUAAAAAAUUAAAUGAACAUUCCAUGAAUUCAGUGAUGAAAGCUCUCAGAUGUAGUCAGCAUCAAUGGGUGAAAAAGUAGGGAGUAAUGUUUAAGGUAAAAUAUUAACAUAGUACUAAGAACACAAGUUGGAUCUGAUUGUCUGUAGGGGUGUUGUCAUGAACAUGAGAGGUGAUUAUUGGGGUCAUUUUAACCGAUAUCCAGAAGUAUAACAAUAGCUGGAAUACUAUUUGUUGCAACAGUAUUGUACUAUCACACUAGUCUUGUACUAUUGCAGUAGUAGAACUAUGGUGUUGCAAUAUUGUUAUUUGUAACCUUUGGUGUUGCAAUACUGUUAUUUGUGGUAAAUGGGUAAAAAGUUGUGAGAUGUUCCAAAUUUUCAAGUGGAAAGUACUUCCAGUGGGGAUUUUGGGUAUUGGAAGUCACAUAAUUACAUGUAUGGCUGAAAAGCUGCAGCAGUAAACAUCACGUUUAAUUUUAUGAUUUAGGUUCUGUAAUGGUGGUCAUCUUAAAAAAGAAAAACAGUAAGCUUAAGUCUGCACAUUAAUUUUGGUGGCAUGUAGCGGCCAUCAUGGUAGGCUGAAAGAAUGUAAUCUAACACGAACGCUAAGUGUUUUCUUUGGAUUGUGCUUGCUGUCUAUUGAUAUCUUACCUGGAAGCAAAUGGCUACACCUUCAAAAUUUUUUUGGAGUUCGACUUUGUGAGAAAGCAUGAGAAAUCAGUUGCCAACUAGUGAGAGCAUGAGAUAGGUUGUGAAAUGGUGAGACUCAUGGCAAAGUUGUGAGACUUCAUGUCAAGUCUGGUGAGAAAGUUCCAUUAGCUAUCAUUUUUGUAACUCCGAAUAUACUGGUUAUACCUUUUACUAAAGUAAAGUGAGUCCAUUUUCACAUUUAUGGCUCUAAUAUUUGGCUUUGAUUUCAAAACAAAGUACAAACCAGGCACCUGCAAGCUAGGCAGUAAAAAAAAUGAGGCCUUUUUUUGGCACAGAAGAGGACUUCAAGAGAUUGUCAAAAUACACUGAUAGGUUCAUGUAUUGUUUCUUCCUUCGUAAUAUAGCCUCUGUGGCAAGCAUCAAAAAAGGGGUGGGGAUUGAUUGGAAGAAAGGAACUAAAGGAGGGAGUAGGGGAAGAGAGGGAGAGGAAUACCUGCUAUAAGGGCUCCCUUAGCCUGCGAAAACAGUUGUUUCUCCUUGCUCUUCGCCGCUGAGGAUGUUUCACGAGGAGGAAUGUCUGCGACUGUGCGACAGAAAUUCCAUACUAAUGAUGUAAAUCAAUGUUUCUAUAAUAAAUCCGGUAGUCAUGGGGUUCCAAAAUUAAUGUAAUUUUGUUCAAUUUUACAUUUCUCCUGGUCGAUUUUGGUAAAGUGUUGUGUUCAUCUGCAAACGAGCUCCAGUAAAACUCAAAUGCUUCUUCUAGAGAAGAAUAUAUCCCACAAAGAUUGACUUACUUGUUAUAGAUUCAUCGUGUUGACAUUUGACCUUUGUAGCCUUUUGUCUUUUGUCUGUCAUUCGUAAACAAUAGCUAAAACAAUGUAACUACUCCAUAGUCCAAUCAGCGCUUAUGACCAGAUUCUGAAACAAUUUUACGUCAUCAGUAUGGACUGAGUCGCAGAUGUUCCUCCUUGCGAAACGUCCCCAGCAGCGAUGAGUGAGGAGAAACGGCUGUUUUCACAGGCUAGGGCUCCCUUUUUGUUCAUUUUUCUGAUUGGUUGAGCCAAACUGAUCAUUGUUUCCAGACAUAACAAAUCAAUGACAUCAAUGAAAUCAAUGAGUAAUCAAUAGGUAAUCGAUGGGUAAUCGGUUGAUUAGUCAUUCAUUAUAUACGAUAUUCAAUGAGUAAUCGGUGAAUAAUCAAUAGGCCACAAAAUUUUCAGUCAUUGAUUAAUAAUUAUCGAUAUAAUCUCGUGGGUACACAAACCAUACCAAAUCGAAAAUAAACAAACAAAGACUUCUUUGACAUAAAUAUCAUGAUACAAGCUUUAUUUAUUCAUGAUCUUUUACCCGGUGAGCACUCUGCUGUGGCUGCAUUUCUCAAUGCAGAUACAGACUCUACUAGCCAAGAGACUAAGACGGAUAACUCGACCUUCUGAACAUUUCAUUUUCAUCAUGGCCAAUAUAAUUAUAUUGGUUUUCUACACGCAAGUUCAAUUUCUAUUUGGCUAUUAUUAUAGUCAAGAACCAUUAACGUAAAUUUUUAUCAGUGGAAAUAAGUUAAGAAAAAAAUUGCGAGAAAUUGUAUGAGAUGUGUAAUCAAUGACUCACUGAUGGAUAAUCAUUAUAUAAUUGAUGAGUAAUCGAAUGCAUCAAUUACUCAUCGAUGGCAUCAAUGAGUAUAAAUCAGUGACAUCAAUGAGUAAUCAAUAGCUCACAAAAUUUUUGGCUAUUGAUUAGUUUUCGAUUACCCAUUGAUUAUAGUGAACAAUCAAUGACUAGUUAUAAUUAGUUGAUUACUUAAUGAUUACUCAUCAAUAUUGCUCAUUGAUGUCAUUCAUCAGCAGUUAGUUACGUCUCUUUGUUUGUCGUGUUUGUUGAGCAACAGCAGUAAAACUGCUCUGUUUUGCUCACAAUAAUUAUUAUGAUUUUAUUUGAAAAGAGGCAUCUAAACAUGACAAUUUGCCAUAAUUAAAGUAACACAUCUGGAGUUUGGCCCAUGCUGAAAAGUGCUCCUUACUUUUGAGUAGUUACGUAUUUAAAGUUGACGUUAUCAGGUUUAAAGUUGGGAAAUUGGUGGGUGGAAUGCAAAAACACAGGCUCUUAUAACAGGCACUCUCCUUGCCUGUGUGACUGGCAUUGAAUUGGGGAGGGGAAAAAGAAGGAAAGUGGAGAGAGGAUUGAGGAGACAAGAAAUCCUACAGACUUUUCUCGUUUUGUGCUUUUCCUUCCUUCUCCUUUCCUUUUUUUUGUACCAGGCAUGUAAGCUAUUGCCCUCUCUCCCUUCUCCCUCUGCGCUUCUCCCCAACCCCCCCUUCUACCUUUGUUUGCAAAGGAUGGUCACAAAAUGUUGUGGACAGGUUGUAAAAAAGUGAUACCCUUGUCACCAACACUUACCUACAUGUACAUGUAUACUGGUGUUAGAUACAGUUGAACUGCCACAACGGCCAUCUCUCUACAACAGCCACCUCUCCAAUGGCCACUUUUUUUGGCCGACAGUCUAUACAGUCAGUCUUGUUUCAACCUCUCUACAGUGGCCACUUUCUUCUGUUCCCAAAGUGGUUGUUGCAGAGAGGUUCAACUGUAAUGAGAAAAAAUUCUCAGACUGCCAGCUUCUUUCUUUGUACAUCAUGAAUCUGCAUGUGUUCGUGUAGUGAAAGAAUAUACAUGUAUAUGUUACAGGUCAAUUGAUUCUCAAUUUCCUCUGUCUCCUGGCCCCAAUUCUUGAAUAAUUAGGACUACAGCUGUAGGAGACAAAGGAAAUAGAGAAUCAACCUACUCGGUAGGUUAAAAAAAUUUUAACCUGUAUUCCGGACUUUUUGUUGCCCCAAAUGGAAGCUUACAGGGUCAUACAGAUAUGUGAGAGUUUUAUCACUAAGAAAGCCAUGCAAGACCAGUAGUAGUGUAGUGUGACAGAUGAAUAGGCACUUUUGAGGUCAAUCUUUGUGAGAUAUGCAUUACUUUUGAUAAGUGAUACCGCCUUGUCAACAGUCACUUAGGAGUAAUGUUGUUGCGUGUCAGGGUAUGAAUUAACAUUGCUAUCUUGCAGUCUGCUGUAGUCGUGGAUAAGAUGGAUUUUGUCACUGUCCGGUUUCGGUAUUAAUCCUAGUGAGCUUACUAUAGUGGGUUAUUCAGUUGUAAUAAUGUAGUUGCCAUGUUGAAUUUCUUCCUGCAUUGCCUUUUCAACUUUGUUGCAAACAUCGUCUCCAGUUGUCGAUUUGUAAUUCGUCACUUCUUCAGGUCGUAGGUUGGAAUCAUGGGAUACAAUACAAAAGCCAUCCUUUAGCCCUCUCAAUAAAAAGUCACAGUCAGGAUCAUUUGUCAGAUUCUCUGUCCAAGCAUCAAUGUUUUUGGUUAGCGAAGAUAGGUGUAGAAAUGUAGGGGAUCCGAGUCAGGUGUGUUGAGUUGACAUCGUUGUCUGAUGCUCUUGUUGUGGGUGGGGCUGAGAAAAAUAAAAUUUGCCACGAGGCAUACAUGUACAUGCUGAAAGCAGCAUUAAGGCCAGUUACAGCCGGACAAUGAGUUAAACUGCCAGCAGAUUGGUUUUAUAAGACAAGACUGCUGCUCAGAAUUUGAUCGUAUAGUGGGGUGGUAUAAGGCCUACCCAGGUUCUGGUUGAACUGAUUCACUGCACGAGGUUUUAAGAGAAACCAUGUUAGGAGAUGCUGCGAAUCGCUGCCCUAGCGAGAGCCAUAAUGGUGCUGAAGUUUGCAAUAUUCGUUGUCCUACAUGACAACAGAGACAAGGGAUUCUAAGAGUUCCGCUACUUUUACAUUAUAUGAAUGGUAAUCUGCAAUUUGGCCAUGCCAGAAAGUUUUCCUGUGUUUGUCAAUUUGAGCAUAAUUGUUGCAUUUGCGGUAACGGCCAGAGAUGAUGAAAUAUUUUCUAAUUAUUGUGGCAUGCCCCUGGGGGCAUGUCGAAUAAUACUUGCAUCUGUAGAACCACCAAUUUCUUGUUCGUUCUCAAUGGAUCCAUUGUAAGUUGCAGUAAUUACAAAGUCGGGAAUAAGAAAAGGUUUUAUCUCACCUCCCUUCUUGUCCUGUAUACCAAGGAACACCUGCAGGUUGUUGUGAACCCUCUCGAGGGGCACAAUCAAUGGCUGUUCUGUGGCUCCGCGGGUGACAGGUGGGUCAUUUAAUGAAACUCCUGUGAUCUUUUUCAGUAGUUCUUCUAAACCGCCAUUGUUCGCCAAUGUCUUGGUAGUGACAGGUGUUGUUUCGAUUGGUCUCGCUGGUCAUUCGCUGGUCAUUCAGUUUUGCCAAGCGUGAAGCAGGAGUUUCUUUUUUCUGAGGGUAAGGUCCAGCGUGGCAAUGUCAUCUACGUGGACUUACUUCAAGGCCUCUUGGGAACACAGAUCGCUUUUCCCUAGCUCAUCAAUCGUCUUCUGCUUGAGCCCAUAGUCACUACCCCAUGUUUUAAAAUCAAAGAUCGCCAUCAUAAAAAAAUUCCAGUAUUGCUUAAGUAUGCUAACAACGUACAUGUAGAACGCUUGCUCAUUGCAAACUGAAUGAUACAAUUGUGCUGAAAGUUCACUUAUACAUUGCGGGCAUAGUGUGGAAUUUCCGCUGCAGUUUAAUGGUGAUAAACAAGUCUAUCACCCACUUAAAUUAUUUUGAUGGUAACAUAUUAUAUACUAGAAGGUGAUGGUUACAUUUUGUAAUGUUUGUACUGUUUUGACUGGCUAUUUAUAAUAUAAUAUUACUUCGAAAUCCAUGUACGUAUGUGACCGGUCAAACUGAAAAUUUCUCAGUAAGCAAUGGUCAUCUUGAUCACACAUUUUCAGUUGAUGGGCCAUUACAUGAUGAUUUUGAAUCUUGCAAAUGGUCAUACUCGACCUUCUCAUGAGAUGAAUCAAUUUGGAAGCUUUUAAUUAAAAAUUCAUAAAAAUAUCAACAUUGCAGGCAUUCUAAAAAAAUUGUUGCCUUGAUAAGAUAGAUUAAGCUAUAACUCGAGUUUAUAUACGUGUAAACCAGUUUUUGACCUGUGAUAUAAAAAUUUAGACGGGAAUGUGAUGGUUAAAAUUUAUAAUGUUUGUACUGUUUGACUGACCUUUUAUAAUAUUAUAUUAUUUUGAAAGCCAUGCAUGUACUGUAUGUGACCAGUCAAACUGAAAAUUGCUCAACAAGCAAUGGUCAUGUGGUUGCACAUUUUCAGUUGACAGGGCCCAUUACUAGCCUGAAUUUCACCCGAUUACUUCGAGUCGUUAUUACUCCCUCAGUAACGUCAGGAGAAAACGACUCGAAGCAAUCGGAUGAAUUUCAGGCCAGGCCCAUUACAUGAUUUUUUAACCCUGCAUCAAUUUGGAAGCUUGUAAUUAAAAAUUCAUAAAAAUAUCAGCAUUGCAAGUAUUCUAUUUAAAAGAAUUGUUGCUUUAUUAAAAUAGCCAGUUCAAUAUUGAGCUAUAACUGGGGUUUAACCAGAACAUGCUACAUCACUUGCACAUGAGACACCCUGGAAGGUAUGGGGUAAUGGAUUGUUCUUCUGUUUCCAAGGAUGUCCAAGUAGGAACAUCUGGGGUCACUGAUUUUUCUCACUUAAUAACAUUUACCAUUUAAUUUUACUGUUGUUUUUUUUUUUUACUUGGAAAGUUGUGAACUUCUGAAAUAUCUUAGAAAAGACCAAUUAAUUAUCUCAACUUACAUGUACAAAGAUCAAAACACAAGAGAAAACGACACACUUCAUGUAAGUACGUUGCACCAUUGCUGUUUGCAGUUCAGUUUUCUCAUGCCUGUACUUUUGCUGGUCCUGGACAAGUAGAUUUUCUUGCUGGGCAUGUACAAUACUUUCCCAGUGGGCAAGGAUCUAGCUAGGCAAGUCAUCAUCUUGUAAUGUCAUAAAAUCAUUAACUACAUUGUAAGAUGAGCAAAAAGUGGUCCCGGGCAAGCAAAAAUACAAUGUAUACAGUGAGAGCUGCUUUCCCAAGAGACUAGCUGCAACUCAAGAAUUUUUUUGGCCCUGAAGUCUACCGUCAUUGACUUGGAAUUAAAUUAAGGGCACUAUGUGACUGUAUAAUUUCAAGACUCUUGAACAAGAAAAGAAAGAAGCGGAUUAAACAAUUAAUGAUUAUCUAAUAUUUUCUUUCUUUGUUGAAUUUCUUUGGCAGCUGGACUUGAAACAGUAUGGCAUCAAACAUCUUCCUGAUGACAUUAACAAGGGCAAAGUGCGGGAGGUAUUACGUCCUUUUUCAAUCUUUAAAUCCAAGCUUAUGGCAUCCAUUCUCUGCUUUGCUUGUUACAGUGUGGUUGGCAUUUUCACCUACAUGUAUUUUUUAUCAGGGCUGUGCUCUAAGAGAGCCCAGUGGCCCCUGGCUCCUAACUUUUGCUCUCAGGCACCAAGAAUAUCUGCAGUUACCUGGAGGUUGUCAUGCCCGUAAUGUAUGAUUAUUCUAAGAGAAACUUCAAUCUGUACUUGUAUGGGGUAGUGUUUGUUGUGUUUUUCAGUCAACUUUUGAUGUCCUAUUGAGUUUUUCUUUGGUCUUAUUGAUGGAAUCCUGCUCAAAGAUAUUUUUCCCCUGUCAAAGUUGUCUGUGACUAUUAACCCUUUAUGUCCUAAAGAGUGCAGAUCAGCAGAAAAUUUCUCUUUCUAAUAUCAAUGUUUUAAAAAAUGGAGUGGUCAUGAGAAUUGCGUACAUGAUAUGGGGAGAUGAGUCUUGAUUCUUCAACACAUUCUCCCCACUACUUCUAUUGAAAAAUUAUAGGGACAGUAAAUGAGAAUCUCAAUUUUGAAAUUAGGGUUUAAAGGGUUAACACUGAUGAUGGUUCAAGGGGUACAUGAAGCAAGGAACUGCCUGGGUGGUUAUGGGGAGUGCAGCUACAGUGUGCAUGAAGGUGUAAAUGGGUUAAUUGAGCGAUAACCAAUGGUUUAAUGCAUGCAAUUGGGAAUUGCAUGCAUUUUUAACAUCUUGGACUGCACAGAGGUGCUGAGGACAUCUAUAUGGGUUACUUCCAUGUAACAGUGAAAAUAUUUAGGUUGCAUUGGGGAAGGGUGUGACUGCUUGCGUAUGACACCAUGAUAUAGUGAAACAGGAACAAGUAACUUUUGAGAAAAAUAGAUCUCUGGGUUUUGAAAGUGCACAAUAAUGUCUCUCUCUCCAAGUGCCAGAAAAGACUGAGCAAAAGGUCCUGUAAACUCAUCUGUUUAUGGUUGUUCAGGUCGCUUUGGGAAAAGGUGUGACCAUUAUGUUUGUGUUUUAUUUCUUGUUGUUGUUUUCUCUCUCAGGUCACUGGGCCCAUGAUCCUUCAGGUGCAGAAGCUACGCAACAUUUCUGCUCCAAAAGCAAAUGAAGAGUCAAUCCAUGCACCACGACUGCUAAAAAUUCAGCUGACAGACGGCCAUUUAACAUGCCAUGGAUUAGAAAAUUCAUCCAUUCCAGACCUCAGGUAUGAAGUUACUGUAAGUAAGAAAUGGUGAUUUUCACAGUUCUAUACAAUGCAGGGUUAAGUACAGUGGAACCUCGAUUUAACGGACUGCCGAGGGACUGGGGAAGUUUGUUUGUUAUAUCAAACACCUCCAUGAACAAAUUUUCAGGAAAACUACCAAAAUGUUUGUUAUAAUAGAGGUACAAAGUGUAGUAAAAUUUCAGUACCGAGCUAUACAUACAACUGUAGCUUCUGCACUAGAAAUUCAAGAACAGGCAAACAAAACUGCUUAAAACUACCGUACACAUAUAUUUUAUCCUUGUCGGUCUGUUUGGCAUUCAAUUUGUUUUAUCACAUGCUGACAUUUUUUUCAUUAUAUUGAGGUAUUUUUAAGUUUGUGCUUGUGGAUUUUGUUCGUUACAACGAGGAUUUCAUUAAAUCGAGGUGCGUUAAAUCAUCAAGGUUCUGUUCCUUACAUUAUACUGAAAUUUUGGCCACGCUGAAGAAAAUUGUUUGUUAUAGUAUACCGAGGUUCCAUUUUAUUAGGAAUUAUUUUCAGAGAUCAGAGGUAAAAAUUUAGGGAAGAAGAAUGAAUUUAGCCAAUAAGUUAAGCUUUCUAAGUAAACAAAACAGCAGAGCCAAGGGAAAAUGGCUACAAAGAGAAUGAGAGGACUUUUAUGAAAAAUGGGUGAAAACGUAUUAUUGCAAGAGAGGGAGAGCAAACAGACUAGUAGACUGUUACUAAUAAGUCUGGUUUAUAAAUAAAAUUGUCGUGCUUAGAAAUAAGCAAAUUGCAAAAUUAUUUUACAAAGAUAUAGAUAUUAAUUAAAAAAGAAUUUCAAUUUAUACUAAUAAUUAGUUUAAAUUGAAUUUUUUUUUAAAUUUAUAUCUAUAUCUUUGUAAGGCCCAGUCCAUUUUGAACACAAUGUAAUUAUUACAUCGUGUUCAAAAUGAACUGGGCCUUACAAUAAUGAGGAGAUAUAAUAUGAUAAAUUAGAUAAAAAACUAGAAACUAGAAAAGGCAGGUACAAAAGUCGGACCUGAUCAACUCAGACCACCAGUCCGGGUCGGAUCAACUAGGAUCGACUUGGACCAACUUCGAUUGAAUAAAAAAAUAAAAAUGACGUAAAAUUGGACUCGGAUAAACUCGGAUCAUAAAAAAAAAACAACUCGGAUCAUGAAAAGAAAAAUAAAAUCAGUUGGCAUCACAUACCUUUCACGCGCCAUUUUGUUUUUUUCUCACGAACUCGUGGUUGUGUAAUUAAAUUUUAUUUUUAUUUUUAUUAAUUUUAAUGACACACUAGUGAGCAGCACACAUACACUUCCAGUGAACAUUUUCAACUUGGAAGGAGGAGAAACCAUGCUCGCCCGGGACAGCAAAAAAUUUCGUACCCAGGGCGAGAAUUGAACUCAUGACCCUCCGAAUACUAUAUCGGACAUUCCAACCACUGAACCGGAGGGUUGCGAGUUCGAUUCUCGACUAGGUCGACUAGGGCUUGGAAAUUUCCUUUGUCCUGGGCGAGCAUGGUUUCUCCUCCUUCCAAGUUGAAAAUGUUCACUGGAAAUGUAUGUGUGCUACUCACUAGUGUAUCAUUAAAAUUAAGUUUCAGAAGUCCUGCAGAAAAAAACAAACAGGAACAAACAAACCAACACAUCUUCGGUAACUAUCUAAAUGCGAUCAAUAGACCAGGCUUUUGAUGCUUUUCUCAUAAAUAAUUCAGUACACUAAAAAAUAAGCAAAUAUAUACAUUCUAGGUGACUGAAACUAUCAUUUUCUUUGGAAUGAAUUAAUGGUCGAGAUUUUACCUUCCUCGAGGACAUCCAUAUCUGUGUCCUCGAAACAGAACGCGCGCGUCGUGUAACGCAACCAUGAGUUCAUAACAUGAUUUGAGAGGAACUGGCACUAGUAAAAGAAAGUGGCGGCUAAAAGCCACCGAGAAAAAAAGGAUUAUCUGGCCUUUUUAACCCUCCAAAUGGGUUAAAUUUUGGGUUUGGCUAAUUUAAUUUAUUUAUUUUUUGUUGAUUCGAGUUGAUGCGAGUCCAAUUUUAUUUUAUUUGUGUUUUUUUUAUUCGCUCUGACUUGGUCCGAGUCGAUCCGAGUUGAUCCAACCCGGACUGGCGGUCUGAGUUGAUCCGGUCCGACUUUUGUACCUGCCUAACUAGAAAUUUAUAUCAAGUUAUACAUUGAAUUCCCAUAAGUUCCUAAAUUACAUGCCAUGAGCGAACAUCCUUUACUACAUAACUACGUAACUACCGGUACAUAACUACGUAUGUAUGAAUCAUGCGAAGUAAUAAGGAAAAAAGAAGGAGCCACUAACCCUUGGCACACAUGAUUCAUACAUGUAGUUAUGUAGUAAAGGGUUUUUGCUUAAUAUUGGGUUCAUUUAAUACAGGUUUCAGAGAAUUAAGCAGGAGUUCUAUCAUGAAGAGAAUUUAUUUGAAAUUGUAACAAUAAUUUAAGAUUUUCUGCUUCCCUUAUGCACUACACAUUGGAAAAAACAGUGAACUCAGAAAUUGAAAACCUAGCUUGAGAUUAUGUGUAACGGGCUGCUUAGAAAAAGAAUUAUAGCAAAAACCAACCAAAAUUUUCCAAUCAACCUGCCAAAAAAUUUGCUUCCUAAGAAGUCCAUUAAGGUUCACGAAUGAUGGCAUUUAAACACAAAACCAUUAACUGAGCAGAAGAUGCAUGUUUUUGAAAGAUUUAAGAAGAAGCAGGAGCAGUGAUUGUUUCUUUUGUUUCUUAACAGCUUAUCAAUUCCUCCUGGCACCAAGAUUUCUUUGACAGGUACCAUUACUGUCAAGGAAAACUUUCUGAUGCUGGACUCAAAUAACACCAAGGUUUUGGGAGGAGAAGUAGAAAAACUAAAAGAAAAGUGGGAAUUGAAUAAGGUGAGCAUUACUUUAUCGUGACUUUGUAGGGUGGUAAACUGAUACACUGUAUACUGCAAUCAGCUAGCAGAUUACGAUACCUUUCAGUCGUCACUCCCAGUUUAAAGAAAAAAUGUCUUACCAUUACAUCACAUUGCAGGACAAUUAGCAGAGACAUUAAAAUGUGCAAAAAAGGCAAUAAUGAAACAGAAAGUUUGCAUACACUGUACAUCUUUUGAGAUGAAUCUUGCAUCCUUAAUAAUCUGUACACCCAAUUUCACAUCAAGAAUUUACUCAUUUCAUUAUUUUGGGUAGAGGGUGUAGCUUGUUUUAUUUUGUAUUUUAAUUUGUACUAAUUUUUUGUGCACUAAUCGAAAGUGGUUGAAUAUUUUAGGUAAAGUUUCUUUUCUACUUUUUUUGUUGACUUCUGAAGUAAAAGGGGGCAACUUUUGGCAACUCCCUGUAUCACUAAAAAAAAUUUAUUAUAUAAACACCGAUGAAAUACCAGGUGAGCUUUCGCACAAAAACAUGAUAUCUUCACAUGUGAAAAUAACAUGUUAUCUUCUCAUGUGAAAAUAUCCCCGUUGCUAAGGCCACAUAAUAAAUCGUGCCUUUCACACCAAAAAACUAUUAAAGUGAAAUGGUUUGGUAUUUCAUAUUAUAAGCACAGGCAGGAAAUUGUUUUAAGUACAUUAUUUUACAGAACAAUAACAGGACAUUGCUGAUCCUAGCAGUAUGCAGGACGCUUGUCAAAUCUGAACCUACUAUAUGGCCUUGCUCUCCAUGAGUUCUCUGUAGCUCAAGUGGAUAGAGUGCUCACCCAGUGUUUGGGAUGUCAUAGGUUCGAACCCUGUCGGGGACUCAGAUUAUUUUUUUUGUCCCACGCUCGUGACAUGCUGAUUAUUUCAUUUUCACAAUAAUAGCUUAUUUUGUUUAACUGUAGACCUUAGCAAAGCAUUCACGUAUGGCUGUCAGCGGUGAUGGGCCUCCUCCAUUUGUUCCAUUUGGUCAAGGACUGCAGACUGGUAUUGAUAGCAAGGGAAGAUCUUCUGACAGCACAAAAGGUGAUUAGCAUUCUAAUAUAGAAAAAAAAUUCCACUUAUUUGAAUAACUCUGGCUUUCCAAUAGCCUGCCCACAGACGUUAUUCUAUUUUUUACCCCAAUAAUUGGACAGUACACAAGUGGGCAAGGAGUGUGAGAACGAAAAAAAGGAGAGGAUCGUCUAUUUUCUUUGUUCCGGACUCCUACCACCUUGGGCUUGCUGUGGUUUUUAUUUUCAUACAGGCUUGAUGAUCUCUAGAGAGAGAGAGAGAGAAAAAAAAAGGUCUCAGUCAUGUUCUACAUGUGAGGGGUUCCGGGAAAAUAGUACUGUUAUAUCAUGUUAUCUCUUUGAGAAAGGUUUUAGAUUUCUCUCAACAAGAAUUUCAUUACAUUAAUAUUUUGCUUAAUAGACCUCUUCAGCUUGGUAUGUGUUGUGGUUCAUUUUUGUCUCUGGUUUGAAUUUAAUUUUCCUUGUUUCAGACUCAUUAUCAUGUAUUAAAUGUACAUUACACCGGAAAAGUAAUACAUUUACACCCGGAUUUAAUUUUUUCUUGUUUCAGAUUCAUUAUCAUGCAUUAAAUGUACAUUACACCUGAAAAGUAAUAGAUUUACACCCGAGAUUAAUUUGAACCACAACAUAAAUAGAAAGUGUAACACAAGGGAUCCAUCCUGACAAGUGGAUAAGUCUUGCAGAAAUCGAUGUUGUUAUUGAUUGGGGGAGGGACUUAUCUAGUGAAUAGGGUCAUCUUUUAAACGUCUGGGGCGUGGUCUCUGGAGUAUACCGUAAAUGACCUAAUAAACGUCUCCUCUACUAUACGCUGUUAAAAUUUUAUUAGAAGCCCCUCUCUAAUAAACGCCCCCUGUCUCAUAGACGUCCCCUAUGGGAAUGACUUCAAAAUACUAGGAAUUAGCAAGAAGGUGAAAAAUCAUCCAAAUUAUUCAGUUUCUUGCUGGAUUUACGAGGCUUUGCGUAUUUCAUCUUGUUCGAUGUCAAGUUUAAAGGAAGGAUAGACUAACGAUGGCAACAGGCCCAUUCAUACGAGGAAAAAUAAGACGCGAACUGUACCAUUCUUGACUCGUUUUCAUGUGAAUUUUGCCCUUAGCAACGGCAAUCCAACAUGGCGCGCGUUUCAAAGUUACGGCGUCAUGUUGCGAUUUGCCGCAGAGGCAAUAUUUUGAAGACCUUUUUAAUGAAAAUGGAGGAGUCUUCCAGGAGGUCUGCUAUUGCCCUCUCCUUGCAUAACAACAAAAAAUCAUUUUCUUCAGCGGUGGACCACGUGUUUCGUUUUUCCUUGGUCGGCGUGCUCAUUUUACUUGAGCGAAGAAACAAAUAAAGCUUAAAAGUCUAGUUGGCAACUCAUGGAAACGAAAACGCUUUGUAAUUUGUAAAGAACGUUUCCCUGCCAGUAGCCUGCCAGUCCACCGCGAGGGAAGCGAAAAUUUUCCCGCCAAAAAUUAACGCAUUCGUACUAUGCGUUUGCGUCUUACGUAAGACGCGAAGGUCAUUUAUACGAAGUUUUUCUCCUCUUAGCUAAGACGCCUCCUAUCUAAGAAGAGGUGUUAAGGGCUGUUCUAAAAUAAGACGCGUCUUAGCUGAGUCGCGUCUUAUUUUAGACGAAAUGUGCCGUUUAUACGGAAAGUUCGCGUCUUAUUUAAGACGCGUCUUAUUUUUCCUCGUAUAAAUGGCCCUAUUAUGGAUCUCUGGACGGCCUAGAAGUAUCAAUUGAUAGAGUGGAUAUUCCGCUAUUUGACUUCCUUAUAAUGCAACUGGAUUAUUUUCGUACGUCAUAGUUAAUGGCAUAGUUCAAAGUAGCACAGAGAAAUCCAGGAACCACCAAAGCAAGGACUCUAACCCGCCAUCAAAAGCCAGAUCAUUCGAUAGCAGCAGGAAUAACAGACCCACCAAUCAUGAUAACAGGGACAGUGGAUACAAGAAAAUAAAUAACAAUAAUAACGGGCAAGACAGCAGAGUUGAGGACAGGAAGGGUACAGGUGACAAAACAAAUAACAGAUUCACAGCUGAAGAAAGACCAAGUGUGACUCAUUCAAAAGAAAGAGAGGGUAGAUCUGUUAAUUCUGAAGCAGCAAACAAUGACAGGUCAAGACAGGGCUUUAAUCCAACAGAUGAAAACAGAAAUAACAGCAGAACAGAGCAGAGGAGUGAGAGAUCAGAAAAGCCACCAUCCAGAACUCAGGUGAGUUUACCCUUUUUAUUCGAUUAAACGCCGCGGCGUUUAUUGAAGUUAAUUCAAUGGCGGCGUUAAUUUUAAAAUCACAUUUCGUAAAUCACUAAAGUCAAUUACGGUAAAUCAUUUGUAAAUAUUAUGUAAAACAGAAAGAUAUUUAAAGUUCCAAUAUCGCGCUUUAUGGCCGAGAAAUAAUCGCGAUUGUCUGGUUGUUUUAGAUUUAUAAUCCCUUGAACAAACGGCGUAUUGUUUUGAUUGGGUGUGACAUUUAUGCGAAUUCGGCGUUUAUUGAUAAUUUGUUUCAAUCUGCGGCGUUUACUGGAGGGCGGCGUUUAAUCGAGUAAAUACAGUAUUCUUGUUGGUCAUCGGAUAACUGGUCUGACACUGAUGAUGUCUUUCCGACAAAGCCAAUAUAAAAGACUAUGUAGGAUCUGCAUAGUGAAUUGCGCGUGUGAAUUGUCUUUCCAUAGUCUUGAUUGGUUUGCUAAUGCAAAUGUGUAAAUACAGUUUUGAAGCUUAACAAGGUCAUCAUCAUUUUUGACAGGAACCGAGCAGGGGUGGUGGGAGGCUGCGAGGCCGUGGUGGAAGGCGUGAUUCAGGAGGUAAACUUUUUCACUUAACCCCGCUUGCGUGUUGACCGCUGUCAGAUGAGAAAAAUUUGCAAAUACUAAACUCGGUAUUUAAGGCUUUUCUCGUGUUGUCCCUACAUCCCAAGUGGGUUGACACGUCGGUAAACCCCUACAAAGUGUGAUCCAUUGCUUUUAUAAAAUAACUUGAAGUAAAACGGAGUCUUAUAGUGUGAUUUCUAUACCGCGAUCAAGUCGUGUCUUCUCUCUUAAGUCAUCAUAAACUAAUCAUGACUCACGAUUUAUAGCGCCGAAUUUUCUCAAAACUCAGUUCAUUCAAACAAAGAACAGUAGCACUUCACAAAACGAGUUUUUGCACUCAUUACAUGAGGACUUAUGAAAGAUGUUUUACAGAAAAAGUCAACAGAUAUUCAUGUUAAUUUACAGUGGAAGAAUACGUUCAUGGUUUGGUUAAAACAGAAAGAGAAGGUUGGACAUCAAUCUGCAGGGUUCGAAAUAAUACCUGUCUACCUGUCGAUUUCAGGUAAUUUUAGGAAGUGACAGGUAAAAAAUAUUGAUGCCUGUCGCUGGCGACAGGCAAGAAAAACCUCAAUAAUUCAUAAUUUAUCAAUUUGAAUAAUAUUUCCAUCCAUUUUCCACCAGCAUGCGUGCUCACUCGUUCAGUUCAUCGGAGUUCUCGCACGGGACUCGCACGGUAUAUGCGGUAGUUACCAGACUCUACUCAAUAAAAACGAGAUGAUGCAAUCGUUGUAGUGCGCAUGACGAGAUAACAAAUGCCAUAUGACUUGCUUUGCUUCUUCGUCGAUCGAAACACUAUAAUCGGAUAAUGAUAUGGAUUGCUUUCUGCUAAAGCGAAAAAGUGCUAACGAAGCGGAAGUGGAAGAAGUUCAUGUAGAAGAGAAUUUGGCAGCACCGACAACGAAACGUAAUAAUGUACGAGUAUUCAAGUUCAAUGAGAAAUGGAAAGAUGGCUAAAAAACCCAGGAGACUAGUGGAUGCCUAUGGGCACCAAAGGCCUAAACAGGCUGAGACAAAAUAAACUGACAUGUCAUUGCUUCUAUCAUUUUAUUACUAAUAUUGUCAAUUGUAAAACCACAGUUCAAUUUUGUUAUCGCUAAAAAAAGGAAAAUAAAUGUUUAAAUUAUUGUUCAGCUUGGAUGUUGGUGGAGACAGGUAAAAAAAUAUUCUACCUGUCACCAGACACAGGUAAAGAGUCUGGGAACAUUUCGACCCCUGAUCUGUUUUGUUGAGUCGAUCCGUAAUUUCGUGUUGACAGACAGAACUGGCAGCUUUUGUAUUUUAGGGCGAAGGAAGAAGAUUCGUAACCCUAGCCUGUAGCCACGUUCAACACGUACCAGAAAGUACACGGAGCUGAUGCCAUUAAGGCCGACUGUGGUUGCUGAAACUGGUUGCUGAACAAUAACACGAGACGAAAAUCGUUGUUUUACUGCGCUUAUCGUUUCUUAAAUUACAGACAAAUUCUCCUCUCCAUCACCAUGGAAAUUGUAUGGAAGAUGGUGUGGAGAAUGUGCCUUUUGAUAUUUUCCUUUGUUGCCCUAUAUGAACAGGAAGGUUAAGAGGUGAAAAUGAGGAUGUUGAUGAUGUGGAAGACUAUAGAAGUAGGCAGCCUUCGGAACCAGCUCUCUGGGAUUUUCUGUCCACGAAAUUCCCAGCAGUUAAAGGUUUGUUCCAUUUGAUGUGGUCGAAAAAUAUAAAACGGCAGGUUUUAAAAUUGUCAUUUUAUGAAAGAAUAUAGAUAAAAAGCUUGCGGUCAUUAUCUAGUGCGAUUUGAAAUCAAUUUGAAAAUUCUAAGCUGAAACUUUGUGUUUUAUCUUUUAUUUGGUAAUCUUUUCUUGUGAUUCUCAUAAAGUGUUUUAGCAAGGUUUAUGUUACACUUGUGUAGAUCAUAAUAAAGAUGUGACGUCAUGAAACACAAGCUUGUGGUGUUACUGUGAAGUAUUAACAUUUUAUGGUAUCACUGCCUUGAUCUACUUGUACAAUAUGGCGCCAACAGUGGAAACUUUGAUCUUUCCUUUUUUCUCGCUUUUUUAGCGUUGAAGGUUUUUGGCGCUCCAUUGUCUGGACAGUAGCUGUCAUCCAAUGAACGUACCAGAAUUUUUUGACGUGUAGAUUUAGAAAAUAUAAUGUCUACAUAUUUUUUCAGUGCGAUUUUAAUGCAAUGUGACUUUCUGUCAUGGUCUCGAAAGGAGACGAAUCUACAUGAAUUGACAAUUGUUUUCGAAACGAAAUGUUGUUAUUUCUGUUGUUGACACCCUCCUCCUUAGUUCGUCACGAUGCAACAUUUGUCUUAACACCUUUACGUUACAUAAUCUUACAGAUACAAAGAACGAAAAGCCUCUGAAGUCAAUAGAGAAUCAGAAGACUGAUGAAGCACAGCAAGAAAGACCGCCCCCUAGACCACCACCUAAACCUGACAAUGAUUUCAAACCAAGACAGCAGAAGCAAGAUCCUAGGGUGGAGAAAAGCGAGAAUGCUUCUCCUCCGAGACAACAGCAAGGUGAUGGACAGGGUGAAUAUGCCACUCCCAGAGCAGUGGAGAAACAAAGGCAAGAAUCGUCAGCGCAACACAGAGAUGGCAGACAACAGGGGAAGUCACAGAGGGAGCCGUAUUAUAAACAGCAGCAGAACGCUGGGCAGACAAAGGGGAAGGGUUCUAGAAGACAUGAUCAUGAUUCCAGACCAUAUAAUCAGAGCUUACCACCAAGGCUGCAGAAGAAGCAACAACAGCAGCAGCAACAACGGCAGCAUCAUCAGCAUUACCAGCAUCAUAAUCAACAUCAAACCGAGACAGAAGUCAGCAACGACGUGACAGAAACUAACGCUGUGAGCACGCCUUCCGUUGCCCAGGAAGAUGAUGCUAUAAUAACAUUCAGUGCAACGUCUGCCCUUCGCCAAGCUGAGUAUGCAGAAGAACCGCCAAGUCAAAUGUCACAACAAGUGCAGUUUCAAGAACCUCAGGGUGUGCCAUACAGUGGUCAGCAGUUUGCAGGGUCGGGAGGGCAGGGCAAGUGGCAAAGGAAUACUGAGCAUUAUAGGCGGACUAGUUUUACCCCUCCCAACGUUCAGCAACAGCAGCAGCAACACUUGGAGUUCGUGAGCAUGGCUAUGGAGACCCAGCGUUCCCAAGCUGCACAGUUUGUGAUGAGUCAAACACAACCGUACUUGGAACAGGGUGGGCAAGAGCAGGCGGAUAUGAACUUGGUGCAGGAAUAUCAAUACGCACAGCAAACCCAACCUCCUGUUCAGGCUUACCCAGUGUAUCAACUCCGUCCUGCUCAGUUGCCUCAGCAGCAGAUGAUGCCACAGCAGACCAUUCCACAGCAACCAGUAGCUGCUCCUAUGGCAGCAACACAGGUGUUUAUUUUUCACUGUUUUCUAUCAGAACCAUGGUGUCUUUGAAUAGCGUUAGCGUUAAUGCUGGAAUUAGCGCUCUCCAUCAAUUUACCGCCUCCAUCCGAAUCACCGCGCCCCUUUAGCCUAUUACUAUUUUAAUUUAAAUUUUACCCCUUUGAAUAAGCGCCUCUCCCCUCCUUAAAACCCAUUCUGACUGAAAAUACGGUAUGAAGUAUGUUUGUCUUUAUUGAAUGUAGCAUCACAAGUACGAUCACUGGAGAAUGACCCAAGUGAGGACAUCGCACGGCCUAUGUCACUGAUGCUGUUCCUCUGACAAUAAUGCGUGAGACAGAGUUUAGUCACAACAGAAUGCUCAGGGCUAAGAAUAUGCAACACACCAGCGCGAACACAAAUUUUGGCUAUAUGCUGAAAGAUACCUUCUAGUUUUCCUGUUUAAAGUUCCUGCUUUCGUUCAUUUGAAACAAAGAUAAAUGCCAUCUACACAGUAAUUUUUAGGGAGUUAUCAUAACUCCAAAAAUGGAGUAAAACUUUUAGUUACAGGAUAACCUCUUUUUGGGGGUUACUUUAACUCCUAAUUCAACUCCAAAUUUGGGGUCAUUUUUACUCCUGAAAAAGAGUUCUUUUUACUCCUUUUUGGAGUUAAAAUAAUUCCCCAAAAAUAACUCCACUGUAGGAAGUUAAAUUAGCCCCACUAGAAGAGUUAUUAUAACUCCUUGAAAAUUACUGUGUAAAGGGCGAAAUUCUGGGGAAUGAUAUAAGCUCCCCCAUUCAAAUAAUAGUAAGACCCCUCCCCUUUGAUUUAACGCGACCCCUCACGAGUAAAAUAAUUAAAUACCUGGACCUGGGCUUAAAUAAGCAGUCCAACUCAGAGAUUGUUUCUAUUUAUUUUCAGGUUGGUUGGAAGAAGGGAGAUCACUGUUUGGCACUUUGGAGAGAUGGGCAGGUAAUUGACGUUUUCUUUCCAUUGAUUGCUGACCAUAUUCUCAUGGAGGACCGCGAUAUUCGUGACCUUUAGUUUUGAAACGAGACUGAAUCAGUACGAGGUCGAAAUUUUGAGCCAACGGUAUCUCCGGCAUUCUUUAAUACUCCUUGCUGUCACUAAUUGUCACAUAGAGAACUUGAGGGGUAGGACUAGUAUUAAUAACAAGUGAUCAUUUGUCACACGUGAACUUGGAUUGAAAACUCGUACUUGAUCUCGAAGACCUAGGGCUGGUUCCUCGAGAGUCCCGUUCUCUCUUAAUGUUUUUAAUCCUGUUAUGUUGUGUUUGAAUUAUUUGUUUCUAAGUAUUUGAGUGGAGUGCCUCUAAACUAUCUGGAUAAGCUAAGUGCACUCUUCACAAUAAACAAGCCUUUAAACUUGUUUUAUUUUGUUGUUGUUAUUACGCACGGAUGGAAAUUUCAAAGUCAAAAUCUCCAGGAAAACGGGCACGGUUGGUAGCUAACAAACCAGUCCUUUUUGUUUUAUUAACUGAUAGCUGUAUCAUGUCCUCUGCAAAGCUCUCUUAAUAUCUGGAUAUCGAAUGUAAACACAGCAAACGUAAAGGAGAUUUAUGAGCCCAGUAGUUUCUGGCACUGUCGAAACAGCCCCUAAUCAGAUCUCGAAGAUGGUUUUUUAGAAUGUUGUAAACGAAGUAAAUGGGGUGGGGUCCAAAGGACGAACAUUUAACAUCACGGAAGCAAGGAAAAUUUGAUUGAAGAUUAAAAAGAACCUACGAAGCCGAGGUGAUAUGAAGGUGCCUUGGGGACGAGGCUUGUUAUGAGUUGUUCGUAAGUAGGCUCUUUGAGGAACUUGGUCACGUGCUUGGAUACCACUUAGCAACGACUCGGUGGAUGGUAAGUCGUCCAAGUGUUCAUUCAGAUCUCAAAGCUUGUCGUGCGAUCGGACGAGGCCUUCGUACGUUAAUUCAAAGUUCUUUAAUUACAGAAAGAUUAGACUAGGAUACAUUUUUAACGGAAUGCUUCGCUUGAUCGCAAUCGAAGCUUUGUGAUGGGAAUGAACGUUUGUAAGUUGUAUCCUAGACUUGCCCAGAAGUCGAGCUCAAAAUUUUCUCAAGCGCAAAGCGCGAGCUAGAAAUUUGUUAUGUUUUCGGUGGCAAAGCGAGAGAGAGAGCGCUGGGGCCUACUACCGGAACCGCAAACGAGAAGCGAAGGACUUUGAGAAAGUCGUAGUCGUAUCCAAGCACAUGACCAAAUUCUGCAAAGUGCUCUUUGACAGGGUUACCGGUCGUUUCGAUAAAAAUUUAUUCAGUCGACUUGUGAAUUGUUUCACGUACUUGGCAAAAUGUUUUUCUUGUUUAUGCGCAAGCUUUUCUUGAAGUGACCGAAAUCUUUGUGCAAUUUCACUGCUUGAGUUUGUAUCGAAACGACCGGUUUCCCUUGACAGUAAUCAAUGUAUUGUCAUAUCUUGGUAGUAUUACAGUGCUAAGAUGGAGGACCUGAUGCCAGACGGUGUCAGCUGUUUGGUAUCUUUCUUGGAUUUUCAUAACAGCUGUGAUGUUGUGCCUCUGUCGUCCUUGCGACCUUUUCCUAUCAUUGCCUGGGUAAGAGCUUAAAAAGUAUUCUUUGAAUGCGCAUUUACAUCACAGAAAGAUUACGCCUAUUACAUUUUCGCAAGGAGCUGUAUGCUGUAUGCUGUUUGCGGUUACCAGAAACUAUACCGAUGUGUAGUGUUAUCUUUGUGCAAUACAAUAUGGUAAUGCAUUACAAUCAUUGUUUUAUUCCCAUUUACCAACAAACAUACAAAGCUAUCUAUUUUGAUACAAAUUUACUCAGAGCAGACAAAGUGUGAGUUGUUCAAACUUUAUAGGCUCAUACCUGAAAUUGGAACUGAUUACUCUUUAGCUUUAGUUCCAGGAUCACUGAUAAUAACUUUUUGUGUUAACUGAUUUAGUUAAGUCUUUUGUUGUGAAUUCUCGAGCAGGCUUAAGAUUAAAAGGCGCGAAUCGUGUGUUCUGAUUGGCUUCCCAAGCGGGGUAGAUAGGUCCAUCAUUUCCCGUGUUGGACGCGCAAGAAAAAGUUCUCCUCUUUGGCCAUUUAAUGGAUCCUUUAUUGACCAAAUGAUGGCUGGGUAUUGGCCUUGGUCUUAAUUGGCGUUUUUAUUGACCUCGACUUUGUCUCGAUCCAUAAUUGGUUGAUAUCCAGUCAUCUUAACCUCACGUUUGUUCAGUAACGCAUAUGUCUUUUUCAGGGAGACAGUGGCAAUUCACAGCCCCAACCAACAGGAGCUAUUGCCACGGUACCUUACUAUACACAAGCAACACCCGUCAACAUCGUGUCCAGACCCCAGAUGGUCAUCCCCGUCAGUGGACAGCCUCCAUUCCAUGCUGGGACGAGACCAACGUUUGUUCACUCGGCCCAAGUCCCACCUCAAGUUCACUGGCAGCCUGCAACGAUGCAGUACCAAGAAGUGCGGGCGGCAGCCUUCCAGCCUGUAAUGCAUUAUGGGGCUGUGCCACAGGCAUCCGCAGGGGGUCCUGGUCAGGCACCUUAUGGAGUCCCUACCGGAGGUGGUAUGCAUUACGUCAGAGGCGUCAAGGAUAUCCAAGGACAAGGUGUGAGAGAUUGAAACAGCAAACACAGAUCAUUUUAUCUACAAAAUAGGCACAAUUAUAGUAAUGCCUUCAGAUGUUUUUUGUGAUGCUAGAGGCUACAUACUGCUUAUUCUCGAAUUAGUGUCCUCCCUCAAAUAAGUGCCUCAUCUGAAUUAGCUUCCCCGGCCCUUCUGAGGCUAAAAACAUUGAUUUAGCACCAACUUUGCUAACUCGUUUACCGUACCUUAGAGAGACUUCUCACUCACUCAGCUUAAUACUGUAGCGGCACUUUUUGGUGACUGUCAAUUAUUCAGCUUUGCCCGCAGUCCAAAUCUCCAGGGCCGGGUUUUUCGAAGCUGCGUUAAGAUAAUCCAGGAUUAGUGCAAAAUUUAAACUCAAAUAUGAGAGCUUAAAAAACAAGUUCAAUUUAUUUCUCUUUGCCUACAAUUUGAUGAUUGGAUAGUCUAAAAAGAAUAUAGAAAAUUAUCCGAGAGAGUGCUUUUGAUAAAAGGAAAAACCUGGGUUAAAAUUUAACCCCGGGUUAGCGCUAACCGGCGUUCGAACAACUGGGCCCAGGUUGCUAUUAAGCAUGCGCGGCCCUCAUGUAACCAGCAUUUGUUCGGCCUUCCACUAAAGAUAAAUGGAAUGCAAAAAGCGCUCCCACUUCCGCGCAUAAAUUCGACCACAAACGCUUGCUACGCAGGCUAUCAUUAGCAUACUUGGAAUGUCUGUGUUGUAUCGCUUUCUUACAGAUGUGUACAGCAGUAACCCUGAAGGUGGAAGAGGAAGAUCGAGUCCAACUUCAAGUGGUUAUUCCAAACCAAGAAGACCAAACAGAGCAACCCAGAGUUAUUACGUACCGCCAAGACAACAAAAAUACAAAGACAAAGGAUAGCAAAUGGACCAUGGUAAUUGUUGUCCUCUUGUGCCAAUAAAUUAUGUGUACCUUAGUUCCGGCAGGGCUAAAAUACAGGUCACUUUUCCACAGGUCAGAGUACAAGUCACCACGAUACAGAUAAAUGAACAGCAUUAAACAGCAUUACAAGUGUCUCCUGACACUUUUCUGUUAACAAAAUGCUCUAUUAGAUCGAGGGGAAUCUGUGUGGUUUGUUAAUUUAUCGAUGGAGCAGUGACCUGUACUCUUGACCUGUGGAAUGUGACUUGUACUUUAGACCUGCCACCUUAGUCCUGCUUAUAGUAAUCUGGCAAAGACGAUACACCCCAACUGCUCCCGAAAUGAUAUAUAUUUCUAUAUCAUUUCUGCGUAGAAGGUUUACGCUUUUUGAAUUCUAAAAACUAGAUAAGCCCCUCUUUUAAACCCUGUCUACACUAGGGCGUUUUUGCUUGAAAACGCGUGCGUUGUAACUCGUUUUUGCUUUGCGCCCAAACUAAAACAGGCAAUAAUCGAAGUUUUCGAAAACAAAUCUUUUUGAAAGCGGGGGGUUUUUGAAGACGUUCUCAAAGGGAGACGUUUGAAAACAGAGAUGUAUCGUUUUAGUUUGGACGAGUGAAAUAGAAAGUUUUCAAAAAUCCUAACGUUAUAGCUACUGCACGACCCGUAUUCGUCCAUGACCAAGCAUUACUACGGAGGAAACUGAAACCAACAAGUUCGUUAAUAGCCAAUCGUAAGUGGCAGGUGCCGGUUUCUUUUUGGUUAAUUUUUAUAGAGUACGCGAGGACGUUUUCGAUGGCUUUUAAACGAUGUGAAAACGCUUUUGUGGACGUAUAGCGUUUGAUGCGUUUCUG